AUGAGUUUUGCCAUUGGGCAAGCUGCCUGCCUUUUUUCUGCAAGUUCCUCCCUUCCCCCUCCCUCAUUGGGCGGGGCAGCAGUGGAGGGGUGGAGCCUAGGUCGGGCUUGUGGCGCGCUGCUCCCUCCUCCUUACCCCCCCCUCCCUGUCCGGUCCGGGUUAGCUUGCCUCGUCAGCGUCCGCGUUUUUCCUGGCCCCCCCCACCCCCCCCGGACAGGACCCCUUUGAGCUCGUCCCUCAGCUGCCACCAUGAGCGAUCAAGAUCACUCCAUGGAUGAAAUGACGCCAGUGGUGAAGAUUGAGAAAGGAGUUGGUGGCAAUAAUGGGGGCAGUGGUAAUGGUGGUGGUGCCUUUUCUCAGACUCGAAGCAGCAGCACAGGCAGUACCAGCAGCAGUGGAGGAGGAGGAGGAGGGCAGGAAUCCCAGCCAUCCCCUUUGGCUCUGCUGGCAGCAACCUGCAGCAGAAUUGAGUCACCCAAUGAGAACAGCAACAACUCCCAGGGCCCAAGCCAGUCAGGGGGCACAGGUGAGCUUGACCUCACAGCUACGCAACUUUCACAGGGUGCCAAUGGCUGGCAAAUCAUCUCUUCCUCCUCUGGGGCUACUCCUACCUCAAAGGAACAGAGUGGCAACAGUACCAAUGGCAGUAAUGGCAGUGAAUCUUCCAAGAACCGCACAGUCUCUGGUGGCCAGUAUGUUGUGGCUGCUACCCCCAACUUACAGAACCAGCAAGUUCUGACAGGAUUAUCUGGAGUGAUGCCUAACAUUCAGUAUCAAGUAAUACCACAGUUCCAGACAGUUGAUGGACAGCAGCUGCAGUUUGCCACUACUGGAGCCCAAGUGCAACAGGAUAGUUCUGGUCAAAUACAGAUUAUACCAGGUGCAAACCAACAGAUCAUUACAAAUCGAGGAAGUGGCGGCAACAUCAUUGCUGCUAUGCCAAACCUCCUUCAGCAGGCUGUCCCUCUUCAAGGCCUGACUAAUAAUGUGCUCUCAGGACAGACUCAGUAUGUGACCAAUGUACCAGUGGCCCUGAAUGGGAACAUCACCUUGCUACCUGUCAACAGUGUUUCUGCAGCUACCUUGACUCCCAGCUCUCAGGCAGUCACGAUUAGCAGCUCUGGGUCCCAGGAAAGUGGCUCACAGCCUGUCACUUCAGGGACUGGCAGUUCUGCCAGCUUGGUAUCAUCCCAAGCCAGUUCCAGUUCCUUUUUCACCAAUGCCAAUAGCUACUCAACAACUACUACUACCAGCAACAUGGGAAUUAUGAACUUUACCACCAGCGGAUCAUCAGGGACCAACUCUCAAGGCCAGACAUCCCAGAGGGUCAGUGGGUUGCAGGGGUCUGAUGCUCUGAACAUCCAACAGAACCAGACAUCCGGAGGCUCACUGCAAGCAAAUCAGCAGAAGGAGGGAGAGCAAAACCAGCAGACACAGCAACAAAUUCUUAUUCAGCCUCAGCUAGUUCAAGGGGGACAAGCCCUUCAGGCCCUUCAAACAGCACCAUUGCCAGGUCAGAGCUUUACAACUCAAGCUAUCUCCCAGGAAACUCUCCAGAACCUCCAGCUUCAAGCUGUUCCAAACUCUGGCCCCAUCAUCAUCCGGACGCCAACAGUGGGGCCCAAUGGACAGGUCAGCUGGCAGACUCUACAGCUGCAAAACCUCCAGGUUCAGAACCCUCAAGCCCAGACAAUCACCUUGGCUCCAAUGCAAGGUGUUUCCUUGGGUCAAACCAGCAGCAGCAACACCACCCUGACACCUAUUGCCUCAGCUGCCUCCAUCCCUGCCGGCACAGUCACUGUGAAUGCUGCUCAGCUCUCCUCCAUGCCAGGCCUCCAGACCAUUAACCUCAGCGCAUUGGGUACUCCAGGAAUCCAGGUGCACCAGCUUCCAGGCCUGCCAUUGGCAGCUAUCGCAAAUACCCCAGGUGAUCAUGGAGCUCAGCUGGGCCUCCAUGGAGCAGGUGGUGAUGGGAUGCAUGAUGAUACAGCAGGUGGAGAGGAAGGAGAGAACAGCCCAGAUCCACAACCCCAAGCUGGUCGGAGGACCCGGCGAGAAGCAUGCACCUGUCCUUACUGUAAAGACAGUGAAGGAAGGGGUUCUGGGGAUCCUGGCAAAAAGAAGCAGCAUAUUUGCCACAUCCAAGGCUGUGGCAAAGUGUACGGCAAGACUUCACAUCUGCGGGCACAUUUGCGUUGGCAUACAGGCGAGAGGCCAUUCAUGUGUACCUGGUCAUAUUGUGGGAAACGGUUCACACGUUCGGAUGAGCUACAGAGACACAAGCGCACACACACCGGUGAGAAGAAGUUUGCUUGUCCUGAGUGUCCUAAGCGCUUCAUGAGGAGUGAUCACCUGUCAAAACAUAUCAAGACCCAUCAGAAUAAAAAAGGAGGCCCAGGUGUAGCCCUGAGUGUGGGCACUUUGCCCCUGGACAGUGGAACAGGUUCAGAAGGCAGUGGCACUGCUACUCCUUCAGCUCUUAUUACCACCAACAUGGUAGCCAUGGAAGCCAUCUGUCCAGAGGGUAUUGCUCGUCUUGCCAACAGUGGCAUCAAUGUCAUGCAGGUCGCAGAUCUGCAGUCCAUUAAUAUCAGCGGCAAUGGCUUCUGAAAUGAAGCACCAGGGCAAGAGACAUUAUGGGCUAAUACCCAUCAACGUUGGGAUGCAAGUUAGCAUGGGUCCAAGAGACGUGUGGGAAAGAGAGCCAUGAGGCAUUAAAAUCCAUGGUGGUGGGAAUUGGGGGAGAAAUACAAGAGAAGAGAUGGGGUCCUAGAACCCAACUAUAUCAUCAGUGCCUCCUUGAAGGUGGGAAAUAUUAGUGAAAAUUCUGUUGGUGCCAUCCUUUGAUGAGCAUUCAUUUGAUCCCGGUUUCUUCUUAUACUUCUUACCCUAGCCUCCCCUUCCUAUGUUUCCCCUUCUCAGCUCUCCCAUGGUGGAUUUUCCCUUUCCUAAAGCCAUCAUGCCUUGAUAAAUAUAUAUGAUCAUUGAAAUACUUUUUAACAAAAAACAGAUUCUAUAUUAUAUAUAUAUAUAUAUAUAUAAAGAUAUAUUGAGAUGCAUUCAGAGGGGUUGGCUGGGAGGAGGAAGGAGACCAUUCUGUGAUCAAAAUACUUUGGUCAUUUUUUUUUAAAAUAUAUAUAUAUUGCCUUAUUUCCCUAUGGCUGAGCCUUGUUGUGACACAUCAGGCUUUUCUCUAGAUGUUGUCUUGGCUUCCCACCAGAGUAAGCAUUCAUAUGCUGUGCUUUUAGUUUAUAUAUACAGUACAUACAUAAUGAUUUUCCUUUCUUAAUUUUGUCUUUUUAUUUGGGAUCAGCUUCUUGUACUCCUUUCCUGGCUCAAUCCUUUCUGUCUUCCCUUCUUUCACUAAUCACUUCAUGUUUUGUUUUUGGCAGUGAUCCCUGGAUAAGGCACUUCUGUCAGUCUUUGUAAGACCUUAGUCCCAGCAGCAGAGUGGAAAACCUUGAAGCCCAGCCUGGUGCUUGAAAUAGCUGUGGGGGGAAUGUUUAAAAUACUAACGACGCAGGCACCUUGGUGCUGGAGAGUCAAAGGCAUCGCCCUUCAUGAGCUUCUGUAAGCAUCAAGUAUUAGAUGUCUUUCUGUAGAAAUGUCCAAGAGUUCCUUUGAAGAAAACAAUCUCGGAUCUGUUUGUAUAAACUAUCAAAAAAUGGUCAAAUAGGUAAGGGCUUAAAGUGAGAAAAAGAUAUGCUCAGAAGAGGAAGUCACUGGUAGUUGGGUGCAGGAGUAACUGGAGUAUUUAGACUUUGUUACCAUAGUCUUCCAAGGUAGCUCUAAGCCUUGACAAAUGGGCUUCUGAGUUAACACACUUUGAAAGAAAGUAUACUUCCUCUUUUGAACAUCCCCAGUAGUUUCUUUUCAAUUGUUGAAGAGCAUCAGUCAGUGGAUCUGUUUGAGGUUUCCAUUCUGCAGAACUCCAGAGCAUUGCUAAUGGCAAGACAGUGGUUUUUUGAUUUUUUUUUUUUUUCCUCCUGUAACUCUUCCUUGUAUGUACUUGGGUGUUUCCUAAGGGAAAAGGAAGCACAUGAUCAUGGGAAUGAUAGCCCAGAACAAAAAGAAAUCUUGUCUUACCACUGUGGUUUAUAGGAGAGAUUGGGAGAAAUCAUCUUGCUUUCUCCAUGUUCUGAUUCCAGAAGAGACUGAUUCAAAAAUUGUAGCGGCAGGGAACUCUCAGUGCAUUUGAUACUGAGAUUUAAAUGAAACCAGAAUUGUCCUCAAGGCCCAGCCAUUAAAAACAUUGUCUCUCUUGAUUUACUGGUAUCUUGUUAGAGAGCUUUUCACUGUGAGGAAGUGUGGAAAUGGCUGUGUGGAUGUGUGUAAUCUGUUAGGUUGGGGAUAGGUUUUCUGUUAGCCAAUAGUAAGAGAGACCUGCAAUAAAAAUUACCCUGAUCUGACAGAAAGUGAAGUGUUUGUGCAUGACAGUGUGUGUGAAUGAAUGUAUGUUUGUGCCUGUAUAUAUCUGCGUACAGAUGAGAAAUUAUAUUUGAAAUUGUUAGAAAAUAAAUUCAGAUCAAAAUGACUUUAGGCCAUUACCUAGAAGUUUCUUAAAACCUAGGUAUGUUCCUGAGGUCAUUUCUCUGCUUAUGGUAAAACACUUGCAAUUAUGAAUGGGGGAUAUUCUAUUGCACUUUCUGAAGAAGAAACUAUUUUUGUGUUUGAAAGUAAAAUGAACAUCCAGAUAUAUAGCAGAGUCCUUGUUCUAAAGGCUUUUAUUUUGGCUACAAAGAGAUGAUGCUGUGGUUCUACUAUACCUUUUAUAUAAAAUCCAACCAAAUUAAGUUUUGGGUAAGUUUGUAUUGAUGUCAACCUGAAAUAUACAUAGCUGUUAACAAUAGCCAUGCCACUUGGUCCUUUCUCUGCAGAUGUAAUACUGUUUUCAACACUCAGGAAUUAUUGCAAAGAAACUUUCCCCAGAUCAAUUUCUAUUAAUGAUGAAAUAAAAGUCACCAGUGCCCAGCCACCAUCCCACCCUUAUUCCACUGUAAUAAGAACUCAGAAAUCGUUAUUUUAUGUCUGUAAUCAUGUAUUUUGACAUCUUUUGGAGGAACAGGGCAGGAUGACUCACUGGAAUGGCAGUAUUUUCUAGAAUGUUUAAAAGAAUCUUCUGCAGUAUGAAAUUAUUAGAUACAGAGCAACUUAAUGAUGCUGAGAACUGUAAGCUUUUAUAUAACCUUAUUUGAUAGUGUUUGAGUGAAAAGCUGCUGGUUUAUUCUCCGCACUCCUUCAUUGGCCUGACCGUAAGUGAAUUUACUGUAUCUACAGUUCUUUUCUAUAAAGGAAACUCCAGAUUCAGUAUCUUCUUUAGCCCCCAAAUGGAAGCAGCUUCUUCCAUUUCUGUAUCAGCAGCAGUGAGUCACUCAGUCUUUCCCAUGGGAAGUUAGGAGACUAUAUUCCUUGAGUCAGGAGGAGCCUAUUACUGAAAAUCUCCUUUUCCUGAACCUCUUUGGCCAUCAGAAAGUGAUGUAGCUGAUACACAUUGAUUCUGAAAAAUUUUUUUUCACAAGUUUUAAAAAAUGUUUUAAUGAGCAAAGCUUGCAGGGUGGGUGAUGGCCAGGAAUAGUAAUACUACAACAUUCAUUUCCUUGUCAUUUCAGGAUGCCCAUUCACAUUUAUCUGCUUAACAUCUGACCCUCUAACUUUUACACAAAGAACAACCAACACCAUUUUCCUUCAGGGACUUCCUGGCUGGCAUUCUGUGGGUGCUGUACAAUUUAAUGAAUAUUUCUCAGCCUGAUUUCAGAAUAAAUAGAACCUUUGAUCCCAGAAACAUAAAGACUAAAGUAUGGGAUAAAGAUUAUGAUUGGGGGAGGGUUGGAGACAAAAGCUGUAAAUUAAUAUGGCUGAUUUAUUUCUACUAUACACAUAUAUAUAUAUAUUUUUUUGCUUUUGUACAUCCUAUAUAGGAAACUAAGCGUUGUAUUUUUUUAACAAAUCUGAGAAAGCACUAUGAACUGCAGGUGUUUGACUUUCAGAAUAUAUUUUGUAUUGUUAAUAUGUUCACAUUGUGUGAAUACUGGAAGCUGCAGAUCUUUGCUAGGACGCAAUACAUUUACAUACUUUUUAAGGGGUUCUGGGGGUGCUAAUCAAGCCCCAUUUAGCUUGAGGGGAGCCCUGGUGCUAUAUGCUAUUUUCAUUCAGCUGUAAAUACCCUGAUGCCUUUUUGGACCUUGGGAUCAGAAGGGUUUAGAGAUAGGUACCAAGGAAAUGAGAACAGUCGGGCUACCUCUAAUGAGAGGCUCUUUGCAUAGCUUUCUCCCCCUAGCCCAAACUGGGUACCCUCUUGAGGUUAGGAAGAGAAACGUGAAAUCUCAAAUCUUCAUCUUCCUUUAGAAGACAGCCAAUAACUUACGCAUAAGGAUGAAAGGUGGCAGCAGUAGCUUUGGGGAAAGGGAGGAGCGGAUAUGGCACUUCUCCAACUCCGGAAAACUUAGCUUUUGAAAAGUGCUGAUAAAAAAUGGACAGGUUAUUUUAUUUGGGAGACUGUUCUCUCUGGUGCCUCUCUUGGCACUACUCCGGGGGUACAGACUUCUAGGAGGAUGAACAGACCAGCUUUGAGAUUGACCUAUUCCUUUUGUCUGCCUUCUGUAAACACCCGCCCCCAGGAAGACAUUAAGCAGCCUUAAGCUUAAAUUUUUACUCCCUCUUCCACAGUUGGCUUGCUCGCCUUAGACUGAAGACUGGGAAAAGAAAAUGGGAGUCCCUGGCUUUGUUCCUCUCCUUGGUCUUCUCCCCUCUUGACUUUUCCAAACCCAAAAGGAUUUUCUCCACAACAUUUAAGAGAAAGUACUUUUCCCCCAUUUGCUCCUACCUUGUUAGCAAAUAGCCCUACCUUCCUUGUCUUGGUUUAGGGAGCAGAGGUGCCAUGAUCUGUCUCCCAACUCUCCUAAGCUCCAACUCAGUGUCAGAAAAAAGUGAGAGAAAUAGGGUUAGACUGGGCUGUAGGAAGUAAGAAUUUUGUUGAUACACCUGACCCUCACCCCUGGUGUGUGCGGGUUUCCUAUUUCUUGCCUUCAGUAAUCACACUGUGCCUUCUCCAUAGGGGAAUGGGCUUCGUUUACCCACCUUUCCUUGUAAAUAACUGCUCUUGAACAAUGUGGGCAAGGGUAGCUUUUCAUAUUUCUGAUCAUCCCUUUCUCCGAUGACAUCCUGUGGUCCUUAAGAGUCUAGGGUACAAAGACUACGGGGAGAAUAUGAUGAGAUUGGUUUGAGGGGAGAGACCUAUUCUACACACACUGAUGGUAGCUGCCCUGGGGCCUGCCUUCUCUUCCCAAGUCUGUCAUCCUUCUGGGGCAAGGGGUGGUGCUCCAAUUUCUGGUGCCUAAAAAUGUUUCCUUAACACUGGCAAUAACCAGUCUCCAUACCACUGUUGCCUUUCAGCCUCUUAAUAAUCUCAUGCUGUGUUUGUUGGUUCCACUCUAGUUACCACCAGGGCUGUGUGGAUAAAUAAAUGCUCCCAUCUUUGCUCUUUUCUCCCCUUAGUCUUGUGUAUGUAUGAUGCUAAUCUCUUGUCUCUUCAGUUUUUUCCUGUUCUUUUUGUGUCUGUCUGUCUUGUUUCUCUCACAAUCUUUUGUUUCUGGGUGUUUGGGCGCUCUUGGGGGGCCUUUUGUACAAAGACUAGUUUCAAUGUAGUCUGUAGCUCCUUUGUAAACCAAUUAAAAUUUUUUUUAAUAAAAAGCCAUGUCUCUGGUGUAUUGAGAGGGUUGGGAAUGGGGAAUAUAUAGUUAUAACUUCUCCCUGUGAACCCAGUAGAGGUUCCCAUCCAUGCACUACACUGUUCUCAUAUAUGUUAAUUAGUGCAAUUAAUCUCCACUUUAACCCCAAGUAGUUAUUAUGAUCAGAUCAGUAUGUCAUGACUAUAUAGCAAUGUGGGAGGCCAGCUGGCCAUGGUGAGGUAUAUUCCCAGCACUCUGGGAGGCUGAGGCAAGAAGAUUGGAAGUUCCAGCCCAGCCUGAGCAAUUUAGAGACAAAAGUGUCUGUGUCAAAAAGUGUAGGAUGGAGAUAAUAGCUUAGUGUGAAGGUCCUGGGUCCGAUUUUCAGUAUUGUAAGAAAAGGGCAAAAAAUACCUGGGAGCAUAGCUUAGUGACAGGCCCUGCGUUUGAUCCCAGCUACGAUACCCAGGAAAAAAGGAAAAACAACAACAACAAAAAAAGGUCCAGGAGGAUCAGGGACAGCCUAAACGUUUUUAAAAAUACACUUUUUGUUUUGGAGUAUUUUUUUCCUUCUUUUAGGGGAAGGGGUAAUUUUUAGGUUUAGAAAAGUUUAAAAGAUAGUAUUGAGAGUUUCCAUGAACCCUUAUCCAGUUUUCUCACUUCUUCAUGUGUUAACCACAGUACACUGUCAAAGAAGCUGACAUUGGUACAUGAGCUAAUCUCCAGACUAUGAGUUUCUCAGAUUUUUCCGUUUAUGUCCUCUUUCUCUUCCAGGAUACAUUCCAGGGUACUGCACUGCAUAUACUUGUCAUGUUUUCCCAAUUCCUCUGGGACUGUUAGUCUUUCCUUUUUCUGAAACUAUUUUUUAAAAAUAGAAAUUUUCAGUAGUACGUGUUUGCCAUACAUAAUGAUUACAUUCUUGGGGAGUUGGUAUGUGUAUAUAAAACGUCAAUUCUUUUUCCUUUUUUUUUUAAUGACUUAGAUGACCUGGGAAUAUUGGCCAAAUAACCUGUAGAACAGCCCCUAGACUUAACGGCAUGGUGGCUGAAGCCUGUAAUCCCAGCACUUGAGAGGCUGAGGCAGGAGGAUUGUGAGUUAGAGGCCACUCCUGUAUAAAAAACCUGGCUGCAUCAGGGAUGGGAAGGGAAUCUGGGUUUAUCUGAUGUCUGUGCAAUGUCAGAUUUAGCUUUUGGUUUGUUUGUUGGUUGGUUUUUGUAAGCAGGAUCUCACUGUAUAGUUUAAACUGGCUUUGAACUCACUAUGUAGUCCAGACUGGCUUUUUUUUUUUUUUUGGUCUUUUCGAAACAGGGUCUUGCUCUGCAGUUCAGGUUGACCUUCAUCUCACUUUGUAGCCCAGAUUGGCCUUUAAUUUGUAGUGAUCCUCCUGCUUCAGGCUCUCAAGUGAGUGCUGGGAUUACAGGUGUGUGCAGCCAUACCUUCACUAUUUUUGUUGUUGUUGUUGUUGCUGUUGUUUUAAAGAACACAACAGAGAUAAAAGAGUACCCAUCUCAUGGAACCCUAUCUGAAGCUGUAUGAUAUCCACAUGAUAUUACAAUGUUAGUGUUGCUAGAUUUCUCCACUAGAAAGUUAAUAUUUUUCUCUUUCCCUACUCUUAGUGAAUUAGUAAAUCUAGACAAACCUGAAUGGGAUUGAUGGGAAUUAAACUUCACAUUCUAAAGAGAAUAGUAUACAUCUAGUAUUUGGAAUUCUGUAAGGAAUUUUUAUCUCUUCCCAUUUAUUUAGUCUGUUAUUUAUAUUUGUAUGUUAAUGGGUAUUUAUUUCACUCGGGUUAUAAUCUAAUACAUUACUUUGUCAUUCAAUUUGUCACCAAAUUUGGAUAAUGGGCUCUUUUAGGUUGACUCCUGUAUUCCUCUGCUAUCUACAGUAUGUAUACAUCCUUUAUCUCUUGCUUUUUUUUUUUUUUUCCUGAGAAGAUUUCACUAAUCCAGGCUGGCUUCAAAAUUAAACUCCUGCUUCAACCUCUUGAAUGCUGUUAUUACAAACAUAUACCACCACACAUCGCUUCCUUUUGGUUGGCUGGGUUUUUUUGAGACAAGGUCUCUCUAUGCAGUUCAAGGUGACCUUGAACUCACUGUAGCCUAUGCCAACCUUGAAUUUGUGAUCCUCCUGCCUUAGCCUUUGGAAUGCUGGGAUUACAGGUGUGUGCCACCAUGUGUGGCUCUUGCUUUGGUUUUUGAGCACUUUCUUUUUCCGUGCCAGGGAUCAAACUCACAACCUUGAGCUUGCUAGAUAGGCGUUUAUGCUGCUGAGCUAAAUCCCUGGCCUUUUUGAGCACUUUCUUGUAUUGUUUUGUGGUACUGAGGAUCAAACCCAAGGGUACUCUACUACUUGGGCUACAUCCUUAGCCUUUAUGUCUGGUUAUGACUUCUUUUUCUUUCAGGAUACAUUCUAGGGUACAACACUGCAUGUGUUGUAUUUGUUAUGUUCCCCCAGUUCCUGAGACAAUUCGAGUCUCACUCAAUGGCUCAGACAGAUCUUGAAUUUAUGAUCUUGCCUCAGCCUUCCAAGUAGCUAGUAUUUCAGUCAAGUGCCACUAUGCCCUGCUAUAUUCUUGCUUUCUAAUAUAUAAGAUGUUUCUGAUUCUCUUGUAUUUUCCCUGUCCAAGCCCUAGGAGCCUUUAGUUUCUUUUAUUGGAGUAAUGACAUUUAGAAGCCAAUAUCUAGCACCAACAUACUUUAUGCUUAAUACCAGUCUCUAACAUUAAAUUUGAAUUCAAGCCUCUUCUGAGUUUAAGUUAUUCUGACAGCUUUCCUCAUUCCCCAUCAAGCUAUGGUUUCACUUUUUUUCUAACAGAGAAAUCUUGGUCAUUUGUUUACAGGUACAUGACAUCAUGCCUGGCUUGAUAAUCUUAUAUCCAUCAGCAAAAAGGCUUUAAAAAAUGUUAUAUUUUGAGACAGGAUCUGCUAUUUAGUUCAGGCUAGCCUUGAGCUCAUUAUGUAUCCCCCAGACUGACUUCAAACUUGAAGUGAUCUUCCUGUCUCAGCCUCCUGAGUAUUGAGAUUACAGUUGUACACUAUCACCUCUAACUCCAUCAAUAUAACAUUUUAAUAUUUGAUUUUAUUUGAGAAUUUACUUCUUAUUGAAAAUUACUCCUCUACUAUGUGUGUGUGUGUGUGUGUGUGUGUGUGUGUGGUUUUCUUUUUGCAUGCUAAGUUCCUAAUCAUUGCAUCAUCCAUUCAUUUACAUAACAUUUAUUGAGACUUUACUAUGUAUGAAGUACUAAGUUAAAUUUGUAUGGGACACUAAAUUAAAUUGAAUGUAAGAAGCAAAACAAGGUGAAGGCACAUCCCUGUAAACCAGUCUCUGGGAGACUUGAGCAGGAGGAUCACAAAUUCAAUACCAGUGUAGACAAUUUAGCAAGAGCAUGUCUUCAAAAAAAAAAAGAUUUAGCUCAGCAAGCUUAAGUGCCUGCCUGGCAAGCAUGAAGUUGUGAAUUCAGUCCCCCGUACCAAAAAUAAAAAAAUAAACCAAAACUGAGAUUUAUUACAGUGGGAAGGCCCUGAGUUCAAUUCCCAGUCAAAAAAAAAAAAAAAAAAAACCAUAUUAGAAGGGAAAUAAUUCUUUCUGUUCCACAUCUCUCUUAACAAUAUUGCCUACCCCUUGAUCAGUCAUGCUUGAAGCCUAAGAAUCAUCUUUUACUCUCUUGCCUAUCAACAUUCAUUUCAAUUACCAGUCCAUCGAUAUUACCUGUAAAAUGCAUUUCAAAUUUUUUGUCUAUUUUUUUUUUUUUUUUUUCUGUCAAAAAGAGCAAACCCAGGCUGAUCUUGAACUCCUGGACUUAAGUCUUCCUGUCUUAGCCUUGAGUAGCUGGGAACAUGCCUGGUUUCAUCCUUUUCUCCCACUGUCCCAUGUACUAUGGUUAUUGGUCAGGUCUUGUAAUUAAUCUCCCUAAAACCCAGCUGUCCAUCUUUUAUACUGCCCCACGGUCCCUGCCUAAAAUCCUUUGCUUUUGGGAAAGUUCUAAGCCUCUUGGUUUAGAAUUGGAAACCUUUCUAAUUUGGUCCCAGUUUAUCUUUAUGGUGAUUUCCUUUCUCAUAUCCCAUUAUUAUUUCCUCCUCACCCCCUCACUGCCCAACAUACAUGCUUUGCAUUUACCUCUCUAUGCCUUAACUCUUACCGUCCCCUUUGCUUAAAACCACCACCUCCUCUUAAAAUCAUUAUGUGAGAUGAUUUAAAUAUCUUUUUUUUUUUUUUAGACAAAAUCUGGCUGUGCAGUUUAGGUUGGACUUGAACUCAUAUUGUAACCCAAGCUAGUCUCAAAUUUACAGUGAUCCUCCUGCCUCAACCACCCAAGUGCUGGGACUACAGGUGUGUGCCACCAUGCCUGGUUUAAAUAUCCAUUCUUUCUAAAGUAUUCCUGGUAUCUUUCUUCCCUUAUCUUCUAUGUCUUAGACAUAAUUAGCUUAUAUGAGUUUUCUUCCUGUAUAGUUUUUGUUCAUAUCCCUAGUAGGACACAUAAUUUUCUGGUUGCUUAUUGAUAUAUGUUUUUAUUCUUCUUUCUCUUCCUCCUCCUCCUCCUCGUUCUCCUCCUCCUCCUUCUUUUUGUAGAUGAGGUCUUGCUCUGUGGCCUUGAACUCACUAUAGUCACUAUGUGCCCUAGGCUGAAGCCUCCUGAGUGCUGGGAUUAUAGGCCUGUGCCACCACACCAGGCUGCCUCUCUAACUUACAAGAUCUUGGAAGGCAGAAAUAAUUUCUAUCUUUGAAAGUCCAGCAUCUAACAAAAUACAUUUGUCAGACUGGGAUCCAAUAGAUAUUUGCUGAAUUAACUGAAUAAAGAAUUUAUUUUAGCUCUGCAGCCAGCAGGAUCAAAGGUAAAUCAUUGGGUCCCUGCUGACUUGAAUUAGGGGCCCUCAUGAAAGUCACUGUGUAUGUAGAAUCUAGUCACAUUUUUCUUCCUUCUAAGCUGUGGUUCUCUUUCAGGACCUUCCUAAUCCUUCAAUUCUCAGAUUGUUACUCUAUGUAGUGCUGGGGAAUUGAACCCAGGACCUCAUAUGUUUUUAGGGGAGCACUUUGCCACAGAGUGGCACAGAGGCCCCAAACCUACCAUUCCUACUCUAAACCCUAACUGUGCAGAGCAGUUCCCCUUAACCUGACUGGAUUGUUUCCAUCAUCCAAAGGAGUAGCUAUUCAAAGCUUUUGCUGAGGUGACCCUGCCUUUUUGCUUCAGCCUAACCCUGCUCCCACUCUAAAGGAGACAGUCUCUUGAGACAUUCCAGACAAAAAAGCUAUUUCAUCUUCAGCUCCCCCAUCACCACCACCCUAGAUUUAUCUGAUCUGAGAGCUGGUGAAGGAAGCACCACAUUCCGACCCAGGCAUGGCCCUGCAGGAAGGAUGGGUAGCUGUCUCUAGCUCCAGUCAUUCUUCCAGCUGCUGUUUACAACUAUUGGAGCUCUCUUUCUUUCCUCCUUUCAUGCAGACUCCCCAGGAGAAAAAAUCCAGCAUCAGACUCAGUGUAGUCCUCAGACUUUCAUCCCAGGCCCAAACCAGAUCAUUCUGAGAAAGGUUUCCAGGUAGCCGCUAGAGGGACAGAAAGCUAGGAAAACACAGAACUCUAAUUUUUAUGGGAACCAGCUGCUCACAGAGGUGGAAAUAACUAUGGUUUCUUACUCUGGGGCAGAAUCUGGCGGAGUUGGGUUUCUGUCUCUAUUGCAAUGCAAACCAUAGCCUUUCUUCCAUCUGCGUGCUAAUGUGCCCUUUACACACCCUAUGCCCGCCUUUCACAUUUUAUAGCCCUGCAAUUUAAUACUUACUAGGAAAAAAAUGCUUAAUAGGAGGUAUACUAUGUGUAUCAGUCAUCAGAGGAGGCGUUUUUUCCUGCCCUUUGCCACAACCCGAGUUCCUAUAUCUGCUGACCCCUGGUGGUGAAAAUUUGAACUGUGUGCUUCCUUUCUAAUAAGUGGUCUGCUGGCAGAUAAUCCUUUAUAUUUUGUCAAGGAUACAAAUUCAAAUUUGAAUAUUGUAUUAAAUGAAAAUAUUUUUCAUUGCUGGAUUUUGUAUUUUUUUUCAGGUAGCAUUGUGAGAACACAUCCAGGGUUUUGGAAUUAAAUUUAUCCAGGUUCAAGUCACACCUCAGCUAUUUUCUAUCAGAAUGACCUUAGGCGAUUUACCUAACCUGAGUUUUCUUAUCUGUAAGAUAAAUGCCUCAUUGGGAGAAGUAGAUAACUGUAAAAUGCAUAACCCUGGAUGUGCCCUAGAACACACUAGGUGCUCAAUAAAGAGUUGUUAUAACCUCAAUAA